UGCCACUUAGUUGUGUUUACACAAAACCUACUUUAAAAUUUUCGAAUAAUUUAAUUUAGUUUAAGUACUCCAAGAUGAUUUUACGUCCUUUGAGCCGCGUAUUUGGGCCACGCUCCAAAGGCGAUGUAGCAUGCUUUUUGCUUAUUGCUAUUUUUGUACCGGCCACUUACAUAUUUCAAGUCACUGUGGUUUUGCCGGAAUUGCACACAGUGGGCGGAUUUUGGUACACAAUAUUAUGGUUUGCUGGUCUCUUUUUGAUAUUCAAUAUCACAUCUAAUAUGCUGGCCUGCAUGCUUGUGGAUACAACCAUCAAGGCGCAUAUAUUAAAGCCGCCGUUGGAGCCCGAGAAGCGGCGGCUUUGGCGCAAGUGUGAUGAUUGUCAGGCGCUUGUGCCGCCCCGCUCGUGGCACUGUGAAACCUGCGAUGUUUGCGUGCUCAAGCGAGAUCAUCAUUGCCGCUUCACUGCCUGCUGCAUAGGCCACUAUAAUUAUCGUUAUUUCUUUUAUUUUAUGGUUUAUCUAUGUAUUGGCGCCUUGUACUCCAGUAUUAAUGCCAGCAUUUAUUUUUGGUACCUACAUGCGGAUCAUUAUUGUCGUCUAUAUUCUCUAGUGGCCAUGUUUCUGCCUACAAUUUCGCUAACCGUGCACGCCAGCUGGGAAAACUUUUAUUUGUUUAUAUACGAACUGAAUCUCGUGGCGUUUGGUAUGUCCGCCUUGCUGCUGAUAUUCCACUCGUCCAUCUUUAAGCGUGGCGCCUUAGUGCGUGAGCGUCAAAACCGCAAAUACGAUUUUGGACUGCGGGGCAAUUUUGAAAUGGUGCUGGGCAAGCGCAUGUACUUGACCUGGCUGUCACCAUUUAUACGCAGCGAUCUGCCACAUGAUGGAAUACAUUGGAGCCCACUAUCAAAGGCCGAAUAAUGACGUGCACAAUAUUCAAGUCUAGUCAGAAACUUAAGUAAUCUCAUGUAACAUUAAAAUUUUUGUAUUAAGCAUUUCAUUCCAAUGCAUUUCAGUCUUAUGUAUAAUCAUCAAGUAGCGUACAUACACAUAAGUGGAUGAAUAAAAAUCAAUGUUGU